AUGGUCUGCAAGCACUGGCUCCGCGGCCUCUGCAAAAUGGGCGAAGCAUGCACGUACCACCACGAAUACAACCUGCGGCGUAUGCCCGAAUGCAGCCACUGGGCGCGGCACCAAACCUGCCCCAACGGGCCGGAGUGCCUCUACGCCCACAUCGACCCGGACUUCAAGCGCCCGGCGUGUCCGUGGUAUGAGCGCGGCUUCUGCCCGCUGGGCCCGUACUGCGCGAACAGGCACGUCAAGAAGGAUGCGAUAUGCAAAUUCUACCUUGCGGGGUUCUGCCCGGAUGGGAGGGAGUGUAAGGAGGGCGCUCAUCCGAGGUAUCAAGCGGAGCUCAAGAAGCCGGAGGUCAGGGUGUUCAAGUCUCCCGAGCAGCUGGAGCAGGAGAGGAUUGAGCGAGAGAUGGAGGCUGAGCGCGAGGCGGAGAGGGAGAGGGAACGGGAGGAGAGAGGGUUCAGCAUGGGUGGUGGGCAGCAGAGGUUUGGCGGCAAAGGCAGAUGGAACAAGAAGAGGAGGUCUGGCAGGCGGGGCCAGUACUGA